AUGGUGUCCUCUAUGAUGUCAACGGAAGGUGCCGCUAACUCCGCCGCAGCCGCUGCAGCUUUCGCGGCCAAGAAUGACGCUGCCGCCGAGGCAGCUCUUGGUAAAUCCGAGUCCGAACAAGGAUUGAUGGAUAUUCUACUGGACUCCUUCUUGGGCUGCUUCUGCGAACAACCCAAUUAUUGCUACAACAUGAGUUCCUUUGUUUCCGUCAACGACUGUUGCUGUGUUCCUUGUGGUGAUAACUCCCACUGCCCAGCCUGUUUCCCAGACACUGACUUUACCUACUGCCAGAAUGUUAGUGAUUUUUUCCCAUCAAGAAUGUCAGAGCAAGAAGCCAAGGAAGAAGACGAAGAAGAUGGUAUCUUGGAGUAUGCUGAUGCAGAUUUCUUCUCCAUGAGCUUGUGUCAUCCCACAAUGGGCUAUGAUAGCUAG